AUGUCUCCUCAACGAACCAUAGGCGCGGAAGACGGCAACGACCCCUUCCUCCUUGCCUCCUACCCCGUCCCCAUCCGCCCUGCCCGCCCUUCCUCAAGGCAGGCCGCGGGGACCUCGUCACAUGUCCUCGUCGACUCCCGCUAUGCCUCGACGGCCGACAAGACCGACAACCUGGUCUCCCUAGCUGUUCAGGAGGACGGCGUGCAUGUACUCGAUCUCUCAACAUUACACCCUGCAAUCUCCCACACCCUUGGCCCGAACACCACAUUUUCAUGUCCACCCACAAGUAGAACAAGCAAGGGAAACGGCGCUCAGACAUGUACAACAUAUGCAGUCAUAGCAUCUUCGCCUGAUAUCCAGGAGGAGGAUGAGGGUCGAACUGUCUUGUGGUGGGAGGAGUCCCUGUCGGGCGGAGUUAUGACCGCGGAUACGCAGAAGAAGAGAAAAUCCACAGUACUUUCACACAAAAUCACGCAUAUAUACGCACCCAAAGACCUUCCUGACCACCUACUCCUUGUUGGCCUCGGUGGUGAGAUCACAGUGACAGACUCAGUACUGAAUGUCCAAGCAUCGUCCCCUACAUCCGAAGAAGAUGAUACUGUUCUCCUCCGACAUUUUGUUCUCCCUCGACAGUCCAGCACCUUCGUACCAACCCAGACGUCACCAUCAAGUGGUGUCGUCUCUAUAUCGGCUUUGCGGAGGAACACAGAUGUACUGUUACACAUCUCACUGGUGGAUGCAGAAGGCCGCAUACAUUCUCUCGGGAGCUGUGUCACCCCUGUGGAGGAGACGGAUAUCGCCGACGUCUCGUUCAGUACAAGCGGUUGUUUGACCGUUCUGACUCGCUCGGGGAAAUGGACGUCAUACCGUGUCUCCGUCUCGCCAUCAUCCACACUGAGCAUCUCCCCUCUUUGCCCUCCGUCUACCUCUCUUCCCUCGCCUUCCUCUCGUCCUCCGGAACCCACGCCGCCGCCCACGCCUCAGAGAUCUCCCUCCUCGCGCUACAUCCUCCCACGUUCUCCUGCAGGCGUGACCAUCAUCGGCCCCGAGAUGAUCCUCCUCCUCUGGGACACGCAGUACGGCGUGGUCCUCGCAGAACAGCGCUUCCCGUGCCCAUUACACCUCUACCGCGGCAAGGACCGCGGCACACGCAUGAGCCUCGUCGCGUCGGGCAGCGCAGACGAGCCGAGCCAGGCCCUGCUCGUGCUCCACCCGGCCGAUGCCUCGCAAGAUAGCCAGUACGAGCGGGCGACGAGCGUGCUGGCCGUCCCGCUGAGCGUCCCCAAGACGUCGACGAUCGCGAACGCGCUCGGCCGCGCGGCGGCGAGCCAGAACUGGCUGCGCCCCGACGCAGACAGUUCGCAGAAACCGAGAACCGCGCACCUGGCGCUGGACCUCGGCGGGCUCGAGCCGGAGCAGGGCAGGGCGCUGAAGGCGAUGCUCGAGGCGCAGGAGAGGGGGCGCACCGAGGAGGUGGAGAAGCGGUGGACGGCUUACCGCGAGGAUGCGGGUGGGCCGGGGAAGGAGCCGCGCCUCGGGCAUCUGUUCGUGAAGCAGCUGCUGAACGUGCUGUUCGCCGUGCCCUUGCCGGGGCGGGAUGGCGCGGCGCCCCCGAGUGCGGCUCAGGCGUACGCGCGUGGUAUCGUGACGUACCUGCUAGAGAAGAAGGCGGUGAGCGACGCGAUGAUCGAGGGCGGGCUCAUCCCCGCGCUCAUGCCCAACGCCGUCCUUGCGAUGUCCAAUGUGAUCGACCUCCCCGAGUCCGACAUCAUCAGCCUCCUCGCCAAGGUCGUCGCGCACCAUCGCCAAUCCAACCCUGACGCGAUGCAAGUCGACUCCCCCUCCAGCCCACCUGCGCUCCCCGCGUUCCUCGCGCUCUGCGUGACCUAUUCCACCUCGCCCGGCCCGCUACGCGUCGCGCUGCGGAAGCAUCUGCCCGACGCAGAGGCCGUCGUGUGUGUGCUCGAGGUGCUGGACAGCUGGGUCGGGCAGUGGAGCGAGGAAGAGCUAAGCCUCGUGCCCGAGAAGGUGAAGAAGGACGCACACGGCGCAUACGUAGCGGUCUACGCGGAGGAGAGCACGCCGGAGAUGCCUCCACUCGACAAGAUCCUCCUCUUCACCCAGGCCAUCCUGGACUCUUCGUUCCUCGCCCUCCUCUCCCACGCGCCCGCACACCCCCUCCUCCGCUCCCUCCUCGCGCGGCUCGAACCCGAGCUCGCGCUCAUCUCCGAGCUCCAAUCCCUGAAAGGCCCGCUACAGGGCGACGCGCAGGCGGACUGGCGUCAGCGGAAGAAGGCUCAGACCGAGCACCGGGACAUGAACAUCGGGAUCUACCAGGUGGAGGAGCUGGUGAUCUGA